CUGUUAAUUAAGUUGUUUAUUGAAACAAAAUUUAGAAAUGUGCAAGAACAAACCCUUGUUAAGAAUUAUGCAAGCGAUAACCCUCAUCAUAUUUUGACUACUUAGAUGAAGUUGACCAAUCAUCACACAAACAUGCUGCAAGCCUCUUCAUUCGCGUGUGACAUGUGAAAAAAUAUCAACACUUUUCAAUCUUCGAAAGUUCAACGAGGGGUUUUCUACCUCCACAUAGUCGUCCUCGUUGUUCAUCGCUGAACCAAUAUUCAACGUCUUCGUUGAACCACUUGACCCUCAUUUUCUACUCUUUCUUCCUUCACCGUUGAUCUCUAAUAGUUAUGGACCCAUCACAUCCGAUGUUUCCUAAAAGAGAGAGAGACUCACAAUAUCAAUUAAGUUCAAAGCGUCGAAUCACCCAAAAUGAUGAGCUCUCUUCUUUCGGAACAAGCCCACAACAUCAACCAAUUCAAGUAACCUAUAAUUGUGGACCCUCUUUUUCUAAAACGGGCCUACAAGUUAAACCACAUGGACCUUCCUCUUCUAAAACGGGCUCACAACUUAAACCAUUUCAAGUAAACCAAAAUUGUAAAGCGUCCUCUUCUAAACCAUUUAAAGUCUCCAACAAGAUAAUAUCUUCUAGAAACUUUAACACUAAGAAAACAUCCCCAAAGGUUCAAAGAACCACGGAACCUAAGAAUACUAACUCACCACUAUUCAAAAUCUCCAAUAAGAAAGAUGGAGCUAAGCUAAAACAUUUACGACGUCAUUCUGAUGAUGCAUCUUCAAGUUACAUAAUUGACAAAGAGAAACAAACCACAACCUUCGAAAACCAGUCUUCGCUGAUAACUCAUAGAAGGGCAAAGAACAAAGUAGAAUGUGCAUUGAAGCUUUUCCAAACCUAUGUCAGGGAAUCUAAUCUUGUUGGUUAUUCAAUUCCUAUAGAAGCGUCAAAAUUUUUGAAGCGCAGAGGCAUGUUUGUUCAUGACGGGAAAAAGAUUAUAGGAGAUGUCCCUGGAAUAGAAGUUGGCGAUGAGUUUCAGUAUUUUGAAGUACUCAACGUUGUUGGUCUCCAUCGUAAGAUCUUCAAUGGAAUUGAUCAUGUGAGAUACAAUGGGAUGUUUAUUGCAACUAGCGUUGUUUCAUGUCGAUUAUAUGAUGAUAAUUGGAUGAUGCAGAACUGGUGA